AUGUCUGCAGAGCGAGGCGCGCCCAAACGGCGCUGUGUGAGUACUGCUUGCAUAGCUUGUCGUCGGAGAAAGUCCAAGUGUGAUGGCAAUCUGCCCAGCUGUGCAGCAUGUUCCUCAGUUUACCAUACACCAUGUGUGUAUGAUCCAAACUCCGACCAUCGACGUAAAGGAGUAUACAAGAAAGAUGCGGAUACGCUUCGCACUCGACACACAACACUACAAACCUUAAUUCAAGCAUUAUUGAACUAUGAAGAAGACGAUGCUUUCGAUUUGGUCCGCCAGAUUCGCUCAUGCGAUGAUCUGGAAGAUGUUGCCAAAUCGGUCAUUGCUCGAGAGAAAGGCCUGCUUGCUGCCGCGAGUGUGGAUGCCGCUAGAGAUCCAAACGAAGAUGAAUUUGGCGGGGUCGAUCAGUUCGAAUUUGAGCUAUCAGGUAAAAUGAGUGAACUCGUGCUCGAUGGUUCGCGCAAGUUUAUCGGUGGCACGUCCAAUCUCAUUUUCCUUCCGCCAGGCUCGGAAAUACACGAGUCUGUCUCAAUAAACGAACCCCCUGCUCUCAAUGAUACACAACCGGUCCGACGAUGGACCCGGGUCACGGAAGAUGACUCGUUGAUCAGCCAUCUGCUGACCAUGUACUUCACGUGGCACUAUCCAUUCUUCACCCUUCUCGCUAAAGAUUUGUUUUACCGGGAUUACAUCCGGGGCGUCUCUAGCCCAUACUGCUCCCCGCUAUUAGUCAACGCUAUGCUAGCACUUGGGUGUCAUUUCAGCUCAUGGAGAGGCGCAUUUGCAGACCCGCUGAACCCAAAUACGGCGGGCAACCAAUUCUUCAAGGAAGCGAAGCGUUUGAUCUUGGAAAAUGAUGAGCACGAGAAUGCCAAGCUUUGCACUGUCCAAGCAUUUGCCCUUAUGUCUGUCCGCGAGGCAGGUUGUGGCCGAGAGGGCAAAGGCUGGGUUUAUAGUGGUCUGAGCUUUCGCAUGGCUUUCGAUCUGGGAUUGAAUGUCGACGCAAAGAAUAUGGGCUCCCACAGCCUCGGUGAUGAAGAAGCCGAUGCACGACGAAUUACCUUCUGGGGUUGCCAUCUCGUCGAUAAGUGCUGGUCUAAUUACCUUGGUCGUCAGCCUCAGUUAUCCUCAUCCAAUACAAAUGUCUCCAAAUUCGAGGUACUGCCCAGAGAAGAGACCGAACUUUGGUCUCCCUACACGGACGCUGGCGUAGGUCAUGAUCACACACAGCCAUCUCGAACAAGGGCAGUAGCGUUCCAGAUCUCGAAGUUGUGUGAGAUCAGCAGUGAUCUGCUAGUGUUUUUCUACCAUCCUGCCGAACUGGAGAAAACUCACCAGAAGCAGUUGGAGCUGAAGAGAUUGAGUGAUGUCCAUACUCGUCUGGAAGCCUGGAAAAAGGAGCUUCCACGAGAACUAGAUCCCAGAGAAGGACAGUUGCCUCAAGUUCUUGUCAUGCACAUGUUCAACCAACUCCUUCUCAUCCACCUCUACCGACCCUUCUUGAAAUACACUCGCACCAACACCCCUCUCCCAUCCCACGUUUCACCACGCAAAAUCUGUACCCAGGCUGCCUCGGCCAUCUCAAAGUUGAUGAGAAUGUAUAAACGCACAUACGGAUUGAAACAAAUUGUCAACAUUGUCGUAUACAUUGCUCACACGGCUUGCACCAUUCAUCUUCUCAAUCUCCCGGAGAAGAACGCCCAACGAGAUAUCAUUCACGGUCUACGAAACCUCGAAGAAAUGGCUGAGGGAUGGCUAUGCGCUCGUCGCACGUUGCGCAUCCUCGACAUCUCGGCCAGCAAAUGGCAGGUCGAGCUCCCACCAGAAGCAACCACUAUCUUUGAGCGAACUCAUGUGAAAUGGGGCUCGUGGGGAUCAUGGGACCAAGUAGCUUCGCCCUCUACAUCCGAUGAUUCUCAUUUGACCCACGGCAACUUCCAAUCCUCGGUGACCAGCCCGAGUCGAUACUCAACCUCCCCAGCCAACAAUCAGGUCCCGCUCGCGGCUCCCACGGAGUCCAUCCCAACUAAUCCUCCCAUCAGCAUGGUAGCCCCAUCAAUGAAUCCAGCUGCCACCCUACCCACUGCCAUGUCAGCAAUGCCAGCAGUAAGAGGCAUGCCGAGUGCCCUGGCCCAGCGUUCAGAGUUCCCGCCACCAGAGCCAACAUACCUCCGACCUCUUUACCAAAUACCGAACCUCGCCUCUGCAGGCCCAUCGACCGCCCCUCAAAACCAGCCCGGCUGGUACGACGCCUCAGGGCCACCGAUAGGACCGCAGAAUACCACACCCCGCUCAAACUCCACCGUCUCCGGAUUCGAGGGCGCAGAGCACCUUGUCGAGGAAAGCCAGGAUUGGUGGUCACGCAAUUCAAUCGGCGUUGAGAAUUGGGCUGGUCCCUGGAGUCCUGAAGUUUCGGCACCCACGCCUGCCAUGCAGUAUGAGGGUAAUCAUGCAUAUGCUAUGGCGAUGGCUCAGCAAUCUAGUUCUUCUUCGGUCUCGGGCCGUCAGCCACCGGUCACUGUGGGGAUGCCUAAUAUCGGACCCGUAGCGGAGAAUACCCCGUCCGGCUAUGACGAGCCAUGGAAAUGA